AUUAUCUGAGUGGCUCCGGGUUUAGUGUCUGCCUCCGAGCGCGCGCGCGUGCAUGUGCGCGCGUGUGUGUGUGUGUGCGUGUGUAUCGGAGGGAGAAAAGAGAUAAAGAGAGAGAGAGAGAGUCCGGGAGGGAGAGGCAAGCAGCGUUUUCUUCUCCCCCCUUUCGCCUCCCCGUCUCCCUGCUCCCUGUCACUCCAUCCUUCCUCCCCUCUCCUGGACCACCCCUUCAGCCGGACCGAGACCCCCCCUCCCCGCCACCCAGACCGCCCCGGGACCCUUUGACUCUCCUGGUUCCUCCCAGCAGGAAUCCGUCUCCUCUCCUCUCUCCUGGAGUGCCGUCUGUCAAAGACUCAACUGCACAUUGUCCAUCAGCCAGACGUCCAGACUCCCCAUCCGGUUGCAAGGCUGCCAGCCACAGGUCACAUGACCUGGAGGAAAAAACCUGGGAGACUUUUGGGAUCCGUCUUUGGUGACUGGCUGGCUGGCUUCCACUUCUCUAUUUGAGGACAUUCCAGGACGGUGCUUAGGUCUCACCCCCACUCCCCCCCCAGCAUGGAGCCCACCAAAGUCCAGUCAGAUGGUGGCCUCAACGUCACCCUCACCAUCCGCCUCCUCAUGCACGGAAAAGAAGUUGGAAGUAUAAUUGGAAAGAAAGGUGAAACAGUGAAAAAGAUGCGAGAAGAGAGUGGAGCACGAAUCAAUAUUUCUGAGGGCAGCUGUCCAGAGAGGAUCGUCACCAUAACUGGACCAACAGACACCAUCUUCAAAGCAUUUGCUAUGAUUGCAUACAAAUUUGAGGAGGACAUAAUCAAUUCUAUGAGCAACAGCCCAGCAACCAGCAAGCCCCCGGUCACCUUAAGGCUGGUAGUGCCGGCCAGUCAGUGUGGCUCCCUAAUAGGUAAAGGAGGCUCCAAGAUAAAAGAAAUGAGAGAGUCCACAGGGGCCCAGGUCCAGGUAGCAGGGGACAUGCUGCCCAACUCCACAGAACGAGCCGUGACAAUCUCUGGGACCCCCGAAGCCAUCAUCCAGUGUGUCAAACAGAUCUGUGUGGUCAUGCUCGAGUCUCCACCCAAAGGUGCCACCAUCCCUUACCGCCCGAAGCCCGCCUCCACCCCAGUCAUUUUCUCUGGUGGCCAGGCCUACACAAUUCAGGGACAGUACGCCAUUCCACAUCCAGAUCAGUUGACCAAGCUCCACCAGCUGGCUAUGCAGCAAACCCCCUUUACCCCCCUCGGACAGACCACCCCUGCUUUCCCUGGUUUGGAUACCAGUCCACCAGCCAGCACCCAUGAGCUAACAAUUCCCAAUGACUUGAUAGGCUGCAUCAUCGGGCGCCAGGGAACCAAAAUAAAUGAGAUUCGACAGAUGUCAGGGGCGCAAAUCAAAAUUGCAAACGCCAUGGAAGGCUCGUCAGAGCGGCAGAUCACCAUCACAGGGACUCCUGCUAACAUCAGCCUUGCCCAGUAUCUCAUCAACGCCAGGUUCAGGGACGUGGCUGCCAUGUGGAAUGACCCCUCGUCCAUGACUACAUCCUGAAGUACCCCCAAAUCUGCUUCACAAUCAACCUGCUUGUGUUAUCCCAUGGAACUUACCCAGGAGUCCCAUGUCCUCAGUUCAUUGGGAGACCUACUGUAACAGUCACAUUUACACCGGGAUGUUUUUAAAGUGGACGUAGCCAGUAUAAAUUUAGGAAUAGUUGGACAUUUUGGAAUCUUGAGUUAUUAGUCAUUUCUGCUUUGAAUUAGAAGAAUGAAUACCACUCUCGUAUGUUUUUUUUAAA